GAGGUGGGAGACAAGGAAAAGCCGUAACACGGUGCUUCCUCCCCCUGGCUCUGAAGAGGAGGAGUGGGAGGGGAAGCUCCAAAGGCACUUCGGGCGCCGCGCCGCUCCGUGCGGGAGGCUGUGCGGAGCAUCCUCCCGGCAGCUGCAGAGCGGGCCGUGCUCCCCGCUCGCCCGGGGGUGCUUCCCCCGCUCUGCGACCCUCGGGCUCCUGCCGCGCUUCAGCCCAGCGGCUCCUCGGACCAGCCGGCGGCAGGAAUAUGUUUUCCCAAAUCUCACUGCUGCUGCAAAUACAUCAUUUGACAAGCAUGGCUGAGCUUCUGCUUCAGGUCCUUGGGUCACUGCCUUUCUGCUGCAAGCACAUUGUCCAACGGCUGUUUUGAAGGUCCCCAAAGAGAAGGAAAAAUUCUGAAAUGCAGAAAGGCUUAUUUGCUGCCGCAAAUGGGAAUCUGGAAUAACUAUGAAAACCACACUGAAAUAAUUGUGUUUGACUGGAACAAAAUUCUUGCAAAGUCCCCAAGGAUGAGAUUCUGUGCCAAAUCAAUGCUUCUAUCUGACCGGCUCUUUCUGGUCUAUGUGUUAAUGGUCUGCUGUAAAUUGUUGUCUGCCUCUAGCCACCAUCCCCGGGGGCACCCAGGCCAGCACCAAGUCAAGCAAGGGACGUGUGAAGUUGUGGCAGUGCAUCGGUGCUGCAACAAGAACCGGAUUGAGGAGCGGUCGCAAACAGUCAAGUGCUCCUGCUUCCCUGGGCAGGUGGCUGGUACCACAAGGGCUCAGCCCUCGUGUGUGGAAGCUUCCAUUGUCCUGCAGAAGUGGUGGUGUCAUAUGAACCCCUGUUUGGAUGGAGAAGACUGUAAAGUGCUACCAGACUAUUCAGGUAACACGGUAGCAAAGGAUAAACCUGUGGGUCACUACCAGAACAACGGCAUGUGCAACUGUUGCUUGGCUGUUACACAGAGACCCUCUUUUGUGAUGAUGCUAUUGACUUGAUUCUUUGAACUUGCAAAAUUAGUCAGCAAAAAGGACAAUCUUCUGCUCUUUUCCACUGUGGCUGCAGUUCCUGAACCUGGAUUUUGCUAUACAGAAUUGUACAUUUUAAUUUCACAAGAAAAACAACAAGGAGAUUUGGUUCUACCUGAGAUGCAUUUUGUGUUCCCAAGGAUCUGACACCUGGCAGAAGUUCCUAGAAGCACACACCUGAACUGUGGUGCAUCAAGGAUGAGACUUUCUAAAUGACAUUAAAAUAUAUAAAAUUGUUUAAAAUGAGUUUAGAUGAUGAAUGUAACCUAGGGGUCAUAGAAGGCAAAUGGACAUGGAUUAUCUUAUAGGUCUUUUCCAACCUAAAUGAUUCUAUGAUUCCAUGGAUUUAUCUGAAGUACUUCUCACAUACAAGACAACAUAAAAAUACAAAGCUGAUCCCAAUGCUAAGUGAGUUGACAGGACACUGUUAGUAAAUUAUGUCUUAGUGGUUUUUUUGGCUGUGAUGUAACUAUCAAGGCUGUAUGAAGGUGAAAAGAUGGAACUGAUAAAUCAGUAGCAAUUAUUGUAGGGCAUACUUUGGUUCUAUCUGUGCAAUUAGAUUUCUUUCCUUAGAUAGUUCUAGGUAGUUUAACUUUUACAUUCAUAAGUGGUGGCAGGAAUGCAUGAGGAAGGCACAAAAUUUGAAAGUAGACAUAGCUUUUCUUGUUCUAAAAUAAAUCCUUUCUCUAGGGGAAUUACAAAGUAUACAUAUUCCUUGCCUCUUUGAAUCUAGAUAUGGAACAGAAUUUAGCCAUUAGCUAGAAAUAUUCAGAUGCCUCAAAAAAAAGGAAAGCAUGCUUGUACUGCAUGUGGAAGGCUUACUGGAAGGAGGGUAAUUUGUUUGGAUUUUCAUAACUUUGGUUAUAUCCUA